AUGUUCGUUUUCAGUCGAUCGUCUGUAUUUAUUUGUCUUAUUACGCUAACUCUCGCAACAUUCCUGCUUCUUUCACCGAUCAUUAUCAACACGUUCGCCGAAGAGAUCGUUCUCAAAGAGAUUCACCUAGAGAGUCCUGACCGUUUGGUUCGAGUUCGAAUCUUCAAAUGUAUCGAUAAUAUUGAAGGAGAUUUAUUCACAGCAUUUAUUCUUUAUAUGUUCGUACUCGGCUUCGCUAUACCGGUCUUUCUAAUCGUGUUGUUUUAUGCAUUACUCGUUAGACGGCUCGUUACACGUUCCCGUUCCAUCCCCGCAUCACAGGUUGAGUCGUUUCAGGUACCCGUGAAUAGAAUUGCUAUCUACACGAUGGCGAUAUCAGUGUUCUUUGUGGUUUGUUGGAGUCCAUAUUGGAUCGCAACGCUUUACGGUUUGUAUCGUUCCAAACAACCACAUCCUCAAGCAUCAACUACAUUCAUCUACGUCAUGUACGGUAUCCAUGCACUGCCCUAUGUCAAUUCAGCAAGCAACUGGUUGCUAUACGGUUUAUUGAAUGGUGAACUGAUGCGUCGUGCUGAUACUCGCAGGAGGACUAUCUCGAAAAUUGACGAAACGCGACAACAAAUCUUGUCAUUGCCGAAAUCACCAUUAACGAAAACUGUUGAUGAUUCAAAUGCGUUGCCACGUAAUACUGACUCAUUGUUAUGA